GGUAACGUUUUUUAUUAACAUUAAAAAGUAAAUGUGUAUUUACCUUUUUUAUCGUUCCUUUCGUGUGACUAAAGUAGAAUACAAGGCAUACAUUUUUUUCUUUUACGAUGUAAUUUAACGAAUAUUAAGAUCAUGCUGAAAACAUAUUUUAAAAUAAUAUGUUACCACUAAUAUGGUAUCAUAUUAGCAAGAAGAUAGCAAGAAGAUAGUAAGAAGAUAUAUUUUUGGAAAAUGAUCAAUGUCGAAGCUAAAAGUUAAGGUAUACUUCAAAUUUCAUCUCUCGUAGCACUCAUGCGAACUUAUUCAAAGAAACUCGAAUAUGUUUGUUUCUUCAUAUGUACGAACUCGGAACAUCAUUAAGGCAUUGAUAUAAUUUCAUGUAAAAACCAAUGUUUAUAUUUCGAAUGGAGGAGGAUGCAUUGAUAAAGAGUAAACAAAAAUUUAAUGUGAGGAACAUAUAUACGUAAGGAGAAUUGAGUUUAAGAAACAUACGAAUUGUGAUAAUCGGGGAAGAGAGUCUAGACGUUGAUUUUUCAAAAGAGGGGGAAGGAUCUGCAAGUGUUCGGAGAUUACUGAAACAAUAUUUUCGGAGGGAAUUGACUUGUACAUGUAGCUUGAAAGCACACAUUCCUCAUAGUAUUUAGACAAUUGCGGACGAAUCGGUAUAUAACGAGCAGCCGCGAGGGAAGAUCAUCAAUAUUCGAAUUCACAAUCGAAGAUGAACAUCCUAACGAUACUCGCGACAACACUUCUUCUGAGUGGCUUCGCCACGGCAGCAGAAAGCUCAAGCUCAAGCUCCGCGGCAUCUUCGGCUUCAUCAUCAUCCUCAGAGAGUAGAGGACAGUUGUUGCUUCCGUUAGAAAGGAGUUCUACCAGAAGCUUACUGGAUUUGGUGAGCAGUGCUAGGAGCAAUACUGCGAUAACCGCAUCGUCCGCAGCAGCUGCAAAGGCAACUCUUCGAGCGAUUAAAGCUGCGAAUUCCGCUCAAGGAGAAGCUUUGGCACAGGCGACUGCUUCUGCGGCUUCGAAUGCAAAGGCACGCGCAACCGCGGCCGCUGCAGCGCAAGCCACUAACGCAGCCGUUAACGCGCAAGGGAAGGCUUCCGCGCAAGCUAUUGCAACGGCAGAAGCAGCAGAAGCUUUGACUAAAUCGGCACUCCAAGCCCAGUCCGCUGCGAGCAGCUCUAAAUCAGAGGCAGCCCAAGCUUCAACCUCAGCUAAUGCCGGAGCCGGUGCUCUUGCGACUGCUUCUGCUCAGGCCUUAUCCGCGAAGAAGGCAGCCUUAGCCUACGCCUCCGCUGCCGCUGACGCAAGCACCGCAGCGGCCAAGGCUCGUGCCGCAGUUGCUGCUGCAGAAGCAGCCACUCGUACAGCCGUACAAGCCGAAAGAGACUCCACAAACGCAGCCUCUCUCGCAGCUAAAGCCCAAGCUGAAGCCAGAGCUGCUGCAGCCGCUGCUGCAGCAGCGAGACUCGCCGCAUCAGCUGCCGCCGAUGCCAGCGCACAAGCCGAUGCAAGAGUCAGAACCGCUUCUAUUGAAGCUGCCGCCAGCGCUCGUACCAAAGCAUCCAAUGCUCAAGCCACAGCCGAGGCUGCAGCCAUAGCCAGGAGCAGCUCCAGGGACGCACAAGCAAACUGGGUUGACAACAGGUCUUCUGCAUCAUCGUCCAGUGCAUCGGCCAGUGCAUCGGUUAGUGCAUCAGCCAGUGGAGAAGCCGAUUCAGAAGCUGAUUCAGAUGCUAGUGCAUCAGCUCGUUCAGCAGCCGAUUCUAAUGCUGGUUCAUCUUCCGGUUCAGCCGCCGAUUCAGCCGCCGAUACAGCCGCCGGUUCAACCGCCGGUUCAGCUGCCCGUUUAAGUGCCGGUUCUGCAGCCGGUUCAAUAGCACGUUCAGCUGCCGGUUCUACAGCCGGCUCAUCAACUGGUUCAGGAGCCGGUGCAUCAGCUGAAGGUUCCUCCAAUGCCUCCUCCGGUACUUCCGCCGAUGCCUCCUCCGGUGCCUCCUCCGGUGCCUCCACCGGAGCAUCCGCUAGUGCCUCCGCCACUGCUUCUGCCGAUAAUUCCGCCGAUAAUUCUGCCGAAGCUCUUUCUAGCUCCUCCGCCGAGUCUUCGUCGUCCUCCUGGUCUUCUUCCAGCCAGAAUAUCUGGUCCCAGGAUUGGUAGAUCGAAAAAAUGAAAGCUACCAUAUUCACCCAACAAAUCAUUUCGAUGAGAUAUCUACUUUGAAGUAGCUUACCCAGCGAAUUCUUGUACAGAAAUGUCUAAAUAAUGCGGAAUAGUGUCUAAAUUGCUCUCAAAUUGUAAUAAAAAUAAAUUUGAAUCUAGCAUGUAUAUAAUUUUAUCAUCCUCUAUACUCUAUAUGUCUUACUUUCGUUUCGUUAGACGUUUUAUGACAAACGUAUCAAAAUAAUUCAGAGGAUAGAAAAGAAGACACGAUACGAUGGAUCUGCUAUAAUUGCGUUAACAUUGCCAAUUAAUUAUCUCUUUUUUCGGGCAGAAAUUGCCAAUUAAUUAUUUUUUUUUCGGGCAAAAAUUGCUGAUUAAUUAUCUUUUUU